AUUUUGAAACUCCCUCCCGGAUGUCCUUCAGCUGGACUUACAGAGACGUGUCUCUCGUCCGCUCACCUGUCCUCAGCAGCACGUGUCUCCUCUGCUCCUCUCUGCUGCACCUGUACUGCUCUCUGAGCAGAGACACGUCCAUGUUCCUCCUGCCCUGCUCCUCCUGCUCCUCCUGCUCCUCCUUCCUCCUGGUCCCUGCGGUAUGACACGCAGACAGGUGACCUUUGACCCGCACACGUCUCCACAGCAACGCCACGACAAAGACAUUUUGUUUCCCCACUCCACUAGGACUCACGCAGCAGCAGCAGGACAUCCUGUUGAAUGUAGCAGGGACACACACACACCUGUGUAGUAGGAACACACACCUGUAGCAGGAGCACACACACACCUGUGUAGUAGGAACACACACCUGUAGCAGGAGCACACACACACCUGUGUAGUAGGAACACACACCUGUAGCAGGAACACACACACACACACACAAAAGAUUUCAAGAAUAACCUUCAGCACAAAAGUAGAACGAUCAGUUCUGACGACCCAAGUAAGAAACAUGUUACCUGUUCAGGUAGGAAGCUGGACUGGUAAAGUACACACACACAUGCUGACUUUGAUUAGUGUGUAAAUAUUACAUUCCAUUUGUUGACCUUCAUGUCCACAUAAGAACAAACGCUGGGUUCACGCAUCAGUACACACCAGUACACACCAGUACACACCAGUACACCACUAUACACCAGAACAUACACCAGUACAUCAGAAGCCAUAUAUGUUACACAGGAAUUUGUUUUGAUGAUUAGUGCAAUAGAAUAAUAAAAUAUUAUAAAAUUAGAUAAAAAUAAGAUGUAACGAUAUAAAUGUUUAAAAAAUCCGAUACGAUAACAUAUGUUAAGACAUACACACCAGUACUGGUAAAAUAAUAAUAUUUAUACAUCAAAACUAUCAGAUACUACAAAGAAUAUAAAUGCAACAACACUUACUUGUGAAUACUUUAAAUCACUGCUACUGUCUCUUUAAAUACGGGGCCCCGCCCCCUAACACAUGCGCGCGCACACACGUGUCCUACGAUGGCUGCCGCUCGUGACGCUCCUCUCUACCUGGGCUUUGACUUCAGCACUCAACAGCUGAAGGUGGUGGCCAUUGAUGAGAACCUCAACGUGGUUCACCAGAACAACGUGCAGUUUGACUCUGAGCUACCUGAGUACAGGACUCAUGGAGGAGUUCACAUUCAUGCUGACGGACUGACCGUCACCUCACCUGUGCUGAUGUGGGUCAAGGCUCUGGACCUGCUAUUGGACAAGAUGAAGGGGGCGGGGCUUGCCUUCUCGCGUGUCACAGCGUUGUCGGGCGCCGGCCAGCAACACGGCAGUGUGUUCUGGAGAAGAGGAGCGUCUGAGACUCUGCAGAACCUGGACCCCCAGCAGGACCUGCACCAGCUGCUGCAGGAGAGCUUCUCUGUGUCCCAGAGUCCCGUGUGGAUGGACUCCAGCAGCACGCGGCAGUGUGAAGACCUCCAGGCAGCAGCAGGGGGCGCUAUGAGGCUAGCAGAGCUCACCGGGUCCAGGGCAUACGAGCGUUUCACAGGAAACCAGAUCUCCAAAGUGAGAGAGACCCGACCGGAGGACUUCCUCAACACUGAGAGAAUCUCAUUGGUCAGCAGCUUUGCCGCCUCUCUCUUCCUCGGUGGUUACGCCUCCAUCGACUUCAGUGACGGUUCAGGGAUGAACCUGUUGGACAUCAGGAGCAGAGACUGGUCUGAGAUCUGCCUGGACGCCGCCGCUCCUCAACUGGGCCGACUCCUGGGGGCCCCGGUGCCCUCCACCUCCGUACUGGGUCCUGUAUCCUCCUACUUUGUGCAGCGAUACGGUUUCUCUGAGAGCUGCAGGGUGGUGGCCUUCACAGGAGACAACCCAGCCUCUCUGGCGGGAAUGAGGCUCCAGCCAGGCGACGUCGCUGUCAGCCUGGGGACCAGUGACACGGUGUUCCUGUGGAUCCAGCAGCCCUCCCCGGCUCUGGAGGGCCACGUCUUCUGCAACCCGCUGGACUGGCGGGCCUUCAUGGCCCUGCUGUGCUUUAAGAAUGGAUCCCUGACGAGAGAGCGAAUCAGGGACGAGAGCACUGGAGGAUCAUGGGAACUUUUUUCCCUGGCCCUGAGAGACACGCCUCUGGGGAACAACGGACACAUGGGCUUUUAUUUUGACAGCAUGGAAAUCACACCCCCGGCAGUCGGAGUUCACCUCUUUGACCCCGACGACAACAAGGUGUCCUCCCUGAGUCCUCAGGUGGAGGUCCGGGCUCUGGUGGAGGGUCAGUUUCUGUCCAGGAGGCUCCACGCGGAGCGGCUGGGAUACUCCAUCACUCCAGGAACCAGAGUUUUGGCAACAGGUGGAGCUUCAUCGAAUAAAGACAUCUUGCAGGUUCUAUCGGAUGUCUUUAACGCUCCAGUUUACACCCUCGAUGUGUCCAACUCGGCUUGUCUGGGAUCAGCCUACCGAGCCCUCCACGGCAUGAUGUCGCAAUCUGUCACGUCCUUCUUUGAUGUUGUGAAGAAAGCUCCGGAGGCCCAACUGGUGGCGACACCACACCCUUCAGCACAGCAGCAGCAUAUUGAAACAUCAUCAGGGCCCCGAUCCUCAUGCGUGGUUCAAGUCCAUCAAAUGUCCCCUGAUCCACCUCAAAUGAGCCAGAUGAUUGACAUCAGAGCUCAAACCGUCUGGUGUACGGCCAGAUGCUGCAGCGCUUCGCCCGAUUGGAGGAGAGAGUCCUGCAGGAGGCCCGCCCCUGAGCCUCAGCAUCCAAUCGGCUACGCAUGAGACGCAGGACCUUUAAUGGCUCAAAACAUUCCCAGAAACUGUUCCACUGAAUGUGAAUUCAAUGUAAAAUGACUUCAGGAAUAAUAAAAGGAGAAACUCAA